AUAAUACAUCAACAUUUCACAACUAGAAUAAACACGUAAUUCUAGAGUAAACACGUAAUUAUUUUGAGCUGUUUUCUUUCAUUUUCCAUCGAGUUCAUGAAAAGUUUUAACAGACUAGCGGACCUCCUAGGCAAAGAGGAUGUAAAAUAUUUGGUCUAUAUGUAAAUAUACCCCAGCGAAUCAACACAUGACGGGCGGAUUAAAUUUAGAAUACACCCUAAGUUGGAUCUGUCUUCGUACUGUACAUGUAGGAUUAAAAUGUCUACUCGUAUACUAGGCACAUGUACAAGAAACUCUGGUGAGAAUGAACUACGAGGAAAGCUUACACAGGCAAUAAAUCAAAAUGGAACCAAAAAAUCGUCCACGGUUGGAUGGAGUGUUUCCUGAAAUGAAUACAGACAAAGAUGGAGAUGCACCGUUAUCACCUGUUAGAAAACAAAUUGAACAAUUUGAGAAAAGGGGAGGAAAGGGCCCAGCCCCUCUUCCACAGGGAGGAUUCCACCUUCCCAAAAUUGGAAACUAUAAACCCAAAUCUUUAUUGACAUCUGAACCCUGUUCUCCAGAACAGAAAGAUAAUACAAGACUUUCAGAUGGUUUCACAUUUGAGCCGAUUAAUUUUGUAAUACGUGAAAAAGAUGAUCCUCCACCUCAGCCAAAGAGCUUCAUUCUCAUGGGAGAUAACCAACAGUUAAUGACAAUUCAUAAUGGUGAACGUGAAGGUGACCAUGAAGAGGAUUCUGGGAUAGCGUCACCAGAUAAACCGGCCUUUACAGAAAACCCUCUGUUUGACAAAGAUUCUCCAGAAUCUCCAUUAUUGGAAAACUAUAAAGAUGAUGAAAGUGGUAUCUACCAGCAGCUUGAUAAUCCCGGUUUUGUAGAUAACGCCCCUUCUGAUGUUAAUCAACACUUUAAUGAUGUCAACGAGUUUGAUGACAUUCCGCCAGCAGAUUAUCCCUUGGAAGAGGAGGAGGAAGAUCGACCAAAACCUCCACCUAGAAAAAAGAAGGGUAAGACUUUAGAAAAUGGGGAGGGUGCUCCCUAUAUUCCUGUUCCUGAUUAUGAUGAAGGGUCUACGAGAAAAUUUAAUGGUGGUCCAACUGAUGCACCCAGGCAUGAACCUAUAUUCGAGGAAUUUGGAGGGGAGGAUUAUUCAAAAUAUUUGAGUGAUGAAGAGGAUUAUGAAUUUGACACAUCACUCACUUGGCGUAAAGAAAUGAAACAUAAACGUUACAAGGCCAAAAAUAACAAACAAGGUACGGCUCAACGUUCAAAGGGCAGAACAGCUGUACAAAUGAGGAGGCCACCAGAUGGUCCAAAACCUCAGCAAGAAAUCCGACCCAUAGGGACAAAAUCACGUAAACAGUUGGAAACAGUUCACGAGAGUAUGAGACGUAACACAAUCAGGGACUUCACAUUCGCUGAUUCUAAAAUAGGAAAUGGGACAGUUCGCAGUACUGUAAGUACAUCGGCCAAAGGUCGGUAUAUGAAACGUAACAAAGAACGCGGGAGAAUUGUAGAGAAUGAAGAAGGGACAUACGAAGAUUUCUUGCGGAAUCGUCACAAUGAAAAUGGCAGCAACAGCAGCAAUGACAGUGGGAUUGUUCCUGGUGAGGAAAUCAAUUAUCACAAUCAUGUUUUCAUGCACAGUCAGCCAAAACUGAAGGAUGGAAAAUCUUCAUUAUGGAAGAAACUUACAUGGAAGUUCAAGAGAAAUACUUCCGGAUAUCAAAUGUCUUGAGUUAAAAUUCUGGUGAUCAUGUACAUAAAAGGUUUACCAAUAGACAGUGUGUUCAAUACAUAUUGGAGAAAACGUGUGAUAAAGCUUCAAUGUUGAUUGUGAUUGCCAAAACUGCAAACAGGCAAGUGCUUUCUAGAGGGAGAAGGAAGUCCUCCUCGUUACAUGUAUAUGUAUUCCUAUGGUGAUGUCAUUUAUAGUUAUAUGAUAAUGGAUUUUAUUUUGUGAAGACAUUUUGCCCUGGAGUUUAAAAAUGAAGAUGUUUGGAUACAAAAGAAAUUAAUAUAUACCAGUAUAUAUACACAAUAUAGCAGGGGAACUGUGCUCAUGUUAUAUAAGUACUUUCCAGUGGCAAAUUCACCAUUUUUACUUUCAAGCACUGAAUAUUUUGUAUAGUUGUAUAUGUAGUGGAUACUCGUUCAUGUACUAUUUCUUUCCUUUCUCUGGAUAGUGACAAUGUCAGAUGACAGAUGUUCUCUCCCACUUUGUAAGAUAUGCUCUGCUUAAAUCACUUUAAUACAACAAGUAAAAUAAGUUCGAAGAAAUCCUUAUCACACAAAAACCAAUGUCUAGUUUGAUAACAGUACUGUCAACAUAAUCCUUAUCACACAAAAACCAAUGUCUAGUUUGAUACAGUACUGUCAACAUAAUCCUUAUCACACAAAAACCAAUGUCUAGUUUGAUAACAGUACUGCCAACAUAAUCCUUAUCACACAAAAACCAAUGUCUAGUUUGAUACAGUACUGUCAACAUAAUCCUUAUCACACAAAAACCAAUGUCUAGUUUGAUAACAGUACUGCCAACAUAUCUGAGAUCAUUGCUGAGAUCUGUACCUAAAUAUUGUCCAGGUCUGAACCUCGAUCUGAGACACAAGUCCAGGUCUGAACCUCGAUCUGAGACACAAGUCCAGGUCUGAACCUCGAUCUGAGACACAAUUCCAGGUCUGAACCUCCAUCUGAGACACAAGUCCAGGUCUGAACCUCGAUCUGAGACACAAGUCCAGGUCUGAACCUCCAUCUGAGACACAAGUCCAGGUCUGAACCUCCAUCUGAGACACAAGUCCAGAUCUGAACCUCCAUCUGAGACACAAGUCCAGGUGUGAACCUCGAUCUGAGACGGUCAAGUCCAGAUCUGAACCUCAAUCUGAGACACAAGUCCAGGUCUGAACCUCCAUCUGAGACACAAGUUCGGGUCUGAACCUCGAUCUGAGACACAAGUCCAGGUCUGAACCUCCAUCUGAGACAGUCAAGUCCAGGUGUGAACCUCGAUCUGAGACACAAGUCCAGGUCUGAACCUCCAUCUGAGACACAAGUCCAGGUCUGAACCUCCAUCUGAGACACAAUUCCAGAUCUGAACCUCCAUCUGAGACACAAGUCCAGGUCUGAAACUCUAUCUGAGACACAAGUCCAGGUCUGAACCUCGAUCUGAGACACAAGUCCAGGUCUGAACCUCGAUCUGAGACACAAGUCCAGGUCUGAACCUCGAUCUGAGACAGUCAAGUCCAGGUCUGAACCUCCAUCUGAGACACAAGUCCAGGUCUGAACCUCCAUCUGAGACACAAUUCCAGAUCUGAACCUCGAUCUGAGACAGUCAAGUCCAGGUCUGAACCUCCAUCUGAGACACAAGUCCAGGUCUGAACCUCGAUCUGAGACACAAGUCCAGGUCUGAACCUCGAUCUGAGACACAAGUCCAGGUCUGAACCUCGAUCUGAGACAGUCAAGUCCAGGUCUGAACCUCCAUCUGAGACACAAGUCCAGGUCUGAACCUCCAUCUGAGACACAAUUCCAGAUCUGAACCUCGAUCUGAGACAGUCAAGUCCAGGUCUGAACCUCCAUCUGAGACACAAGUCCAGGUCUGAACCUCCAUCUGAGAUACAAUUCCAGAUCUGAACCUCCAUCUGAGACACAAGUCCAGGUCUGAAACUCCAUCUGAGACACAAUUCCAGAUCUGAACCUCCAUCUGAGACACAAGUCCAGGUCUGAAACUCCAUCUGAGACACAAGUCCAGGUCUGAACCUCCAUCUGAGACAGUCAAGUCCAGGUCUGAACCUCUGAGAAUGCUUCCUUCCAUGGACAGUUACACAGAUGGACUAACUUAAUGAAGUGACAUAAUCAGUUAAACCUAAAAUGAAGAAAACUUUACAGACAUAAACACAGAAAGAUGAACCAAAUGGGCCCUCCCCUCAACAAUCUGACUAAAACUGCUCUAUAUAUAAUAAUGUGACCACCCUCAGGUCUUAAUAUAGGGGGAGGGACCGAUUGAUUGGUUUAACCAUCUUAAUUCAUUGUUAGAAACUUCAAUUACAAAAAAAAAAAAUCCAAAGAAAAUUGAAACAAUGCAGUGUUGAUUAAGUCAGUAAUGUUUUAAUUUUGUAGUACCCAGUGUAUAUCGUGGAAUAUUAAUAUUUAUAUACAAUUUCCAUGUGAAAUUGUUAAAUAUAAUUCUUUCAUCGUAUGCAUUCCUACGUAUAUGUGGUAAAGAUUUUGUUUUGUAAAACUUCUCCAUCAGAACAUUAAAUCGUGUCAAUAAUAGGAAGUCCUGCUAUUGUCGAGUUUCGUAAUAUUUCGAUGUUCAAUAGCAGGGACGAACAACUUAAUUUCAAUGUGUUUCCGUUGUGUACUUGUGAUUGUUUCAAUGUAACAUUAAACAUUUGUCAUACUUCAUUUUGUUUACUGUAAAACAAUUUGUUUAUUGUUAUAGAAUCUCUGCAUAUUAAUUAGCACCAACAGUGUUUACAGGAUAACAUGUACACUGGCAGUAUUUUGUGUGAUCUUACGUGUUCUGCCAUACUUUCAGAGUUGUGUGUUUUAUAUAAACUUCAUGAUAUCAAUAAUCAAAACAUUUAUAUAAUAUUACAGUUUUUUUUAUAUUAAAUUCAAUACAUUUUGAAAGGUAAAGUUUCAUUUCAUAACUCAAGCUUCCCUCCAAUUUAAAAGUUCUGAGUGUUUUUGUUUUGUUUUUGAACAGUUGUUAUAAUGUUGAUAUGAUAUAUGUGCAAUAUACUUUGUGUACAAGAAAUGAAAAAAUAUGUAAAUACAAUUGUUUGUAGAUAUUCAAUUGAUACACUAGCCAAUGCCAUAUACAAAUUGUGUAUUAAAAUGAAUAUGUUCUAUGAAAUGUUUGAUAGAGCCAUUUGAACAAUGGAAUUAAAUGUUUUAGAUAAAGUCCCCCAAUAAAUCAAUCAUGGUGUGAACAGACCUCCCUGAGUCCUGAUAAUUACUUUGGUAUCUGACUAAUUGUAGAUAAACCAUGUUGAUCCAUUAUAUUGUCACACUUUCUGUUUUACACGUGUAAAAAGUUGACAGGUUUAAUCGUCAAACAUCUUAUUUUCAAACAAUCCUACAAAAUUGUUGUUUGAGAUGAAAUAUGUUAAAUAUGUCACAACAUGUUAUAUUUUGAUGUAGACAUUUUGAUAUAUAUACUGAUUAAGGACAAUAAGCUGUAAUAUUUACAUUCUGAUGUAGACAUUUUGAUAUAUUUAUAUACUGAUGAAGGACAAUAAGCUGUAAAAUUGACAUUUUAGUCCUUUUUUUUUCAUUUAUAUUUGAAGUCUUUAUGAGUUUACAACUGGGGUUUAUCACCUAGCCGUGGUGUACACACUCUCAAUGUAUAUGGUAUUUAUAGGUGUCUCAUGUUUGCACUAUCUAAUAUAUUGGUAUUUUAAAGAUCAUAUUAUUAACUGUACAAUACAACCUGCCCAAUCUGAGUUAUAUUAAUCUUGUAUAGAUAACUUAUUAUACUGUCAAAAUACAAAAAAUAGGACUAAAAGGAUUUAAAUGAUACAACCUUUAGGUGUUAAGCACGCUUAUUAAAGUCAAAGUUUGAUUAUAAUAUAAUAAAUAGGGAAAGGUAAGGUUGAACCUUAAUUGUUUGCAAAAUUACCAAAAUAAUUCUAUAAUAAAAAAUUAUUAUUCACUAAAUUUGCUGAAUAUUAUUUAAAUAUUAUUUAAAUUUCUGAAUGCAGCUUCUUUGGAAAUUACUAGAUGAUCAAAUCAAAAUUAAUCGCUUUUGUAGUUUGGAAAUUACUAGAUGAUCAAAUCAAAAUUAAUCGCUUUUGUAGUUUCACAGACCAGAUAUGUUAGCAUUUUUUUUUUUACUGCAGGUCGUUUACAGAGAAAUCCAAUAGUCUAUACAUAUGUAUUUAAUCAGGUCAUAUUGAGAUAUGUCCCUGUCUCAGUUUACUGGCAUAAUAUCUCCAAUAUAAUAUGGAGUUGGUAUACAGGUAUAAUAGGCCUGUAUAUUGUUUCUGUAUCAGGGAUGUGUGUGUUAAGGUCAGGUAUGGGUCGUAUGAUGUAGCCCGAGCGUUAAUUAUACAUGAUAUCUAAAGUAAUUAUGUAUCUUGUAAAUAAAAUUAAAAUUAUUAUUAUUUUCAUACAAAUUAAAAUAACUAAGUUAAACACUUGA